AUGUCUGGAAAGACGGUGAAGCUCUCGAUGCACCGUGACGACAGCCUGCUUUACUUACGCCAUCAAGUGAGCCAGAGCCUGGGGCUGUCGACGUGGCAGCUCCGUUUGCUGCUCGACGGCGAGAUCAUGGACAAGAGAGGACGCCUCGAGGAGAUAGCGCCCACAGAGGGUGACGAGUUGCAAGUCCUGACGGUGACAGUGCCGCUCCCCUCCGAGGUGGCGUCUCGAAGUUGCCGUCUGUGGGCCCUGCUUCGGAACAGGAUCACACCAGACGUGCUGUACCGAAGUUCGUUGACGAAGCCUGAAGUGAAAGAGCGCAUCUUGCUAGGGGAAGUGGACUUCUUCUACAACGGGGACAACUUGCUGGAGUUGGCUGCACGUAGCCUCCCUCGGAGCGUUGCCAAGGAGAUCGGGUGUCUGCUCUUGGAUGGAGGCUCGGACGUGAACGGCAAGUCCUCAGACGGCUUCACGCCCCUUCAGACUGCCUGCUGCCGUGGAUUGGUCGGACUGUCAGAGCUUCUCCUGCAGCGUGGAGCGAACAGAUUCAGAGCAUCGCCAGCAGGAGAGGAUGCGCUUGACUGUGCGCUCGGCUUCCUUGCGGCGUGCGAUCGUUUCGGCUCCCAGGAGCGUGAGGAGGACGUGGACCUCGCAAAGCUGUGCUGCCGCCUUCGGAACAGCCGCAUCGAGCGUGCCCGCUCCUCUGGCGAGCUCCCAUCCUCCCUGGCGAAGGCCCGGCUGUGUCUGUCCAGGGUGGCGACACAGCUCGCACUCCUGGGAGGCAAGUUCGUGAAACUUAGCCAGAAAGAGGUCUUUGAAAGGAGUGGCCUAAGCCAGGCCUCGGUUCAGAGCUUCGAGAAGCAGCUCUGGGCAGGCUGGCCCGGUGCCUUCCUCACCUUUGACACUCGGAUCUCCGAGGUACCAAAGAUCCAGGAAUCCUUCGCCCAUGCGCGGUCACGUGUGCUUGCUUACCGUCUCAGCCAAAAUAAGCCUGCAACCUACACCUACCACAGUUUUAGAGGCAAGAGGCGGUUCCUCUGGGUGUGGGAAUCAGAGUAUCUUUGCUCCGAUUGGGACUAUGAAGACCGUGAACAGGGCGAGUGCUGGCUGACAAUUGGCGAUUACAGGCAGAGGAAGGAGCAGAGCUCUGGCCUAAUCCGAUCCAAGCGCUAA